UCUCAUGGCGUUUCCUUGCCUUUAUGGAAUGUUCUGCCUCUGAAUGAGAGAAAGUGAUAGAACUCUGAAACUUCCAUAUGAAGACAACCUUUAUCCCCACCACCAACAAAGCUUUCAGCCCUCUACGACUUUCCUGGACAGAGUUGUGAUUUUUUUAAUUUUGUCUGUUUUCCGCUGACGUGAGAAAAUGCGUAAAAUGCCCAUAACUCCCCAAGGGAAAAGUCUCCGCCCGAACCCUCUUAGGCUUUUUACCCACUCCACAUGCCCUAUCGAUCCAGCCAAGAACGAACGAAAUCGGAGUGCUUCAUCUCCAUAGGUUCCCUCGUAAGAAAGGAGUCAGAGUUAUGCGAACUGAGCUCCUCAUUUCAGAUUCACGUUGCUAUUGUUAUGUCUUAAAACUAAUGUCUUUCCUGUUUGUACUAUAUAGGUCGACGUGAUAAUCGGCAGCUCUUCAUCCGACAUUUUGAAACAAAUUAUUAUUGAAGCAGCUGGUAAUGAAGCAGAAACUGUUUAUGAAACUGAAAUAAAAAAUAAUCCAAAUUCGUUAAUAAUUUCAACACCACCUGGACACCUUUCAUGUAAACGAAUAUUCUUCCUUAAAUGGCAACCAAGUAAGGAUGAUAAUAUUUUAAGACAAUCAAUUAUUGAUUUUAUAUCAAAUGUUAUACAAAAUGUAAUAUCUUACAAUUACAAAUCUAUUGCAUUUCCCGCUCUUGGCUGUGGUAAACAUGGAUGCUCAACUGAUAUCGUUGUUAAAACAAUGGUUAGAGAAAUAAAAAGUCAAUUAAAAGUACGACAAAAUUAUCCAUUGAUUGUGAAGUUUAUUAUACAACCAGAACAACAAAAUAUUUAUGAUGAAUUCUGUAAAUAUGUUGUAGCAGUAGAAGAUGAUGUACACAAAUCAUCAGCAGUAAUCCAUCAUCAAUUGCCAGAAACAUGGGAAAAAUCGACAGACGAAAAUAAAAUACUUUUUAUUGUACCUAGUAGUUCAAAUGAACAUAAAACAAUAGUUAAUGGCUUUGAUCAAACAAUGAAGGGUAAAUACACACAGAUAAUAAAAAUUGAACGUAUACAGAAUAUUCAUUGGUAUUCACAAUAUAUGGUACAUUCACAUCAUUUUAAGAAACGUUUAAAUUCUGAUACAGAAAAACGUCUUUAUCAUGGUUGUCCUGAAAAAUCAGCAAAUUUAAUUAUGGAAGAUUGUUUUAAUCGUAGUUUUGCCGGUGUUAAUGGUACGGUAUAUGGUGCUGGUGUUUAUUUUUCAUCGAAUGCAAGCUAUAGUCAUGAUUAUGCAAAACCUGAUAUAACAUCUGGUGAACGUUGUAUGUUUUUAGCACGUGUUUUAAUUGGUAAAACAACAAAAGGUGAUUCGUCAAUGAAAACACGUCCAGUUGGAUUUGAUACUACUACAGAUGGGAAUCAUAUUUUUGUUACAUAUCAUGAUGCACAAGCAUUUGCUGAAUAUUUAAUUACAUACAAAUAA